CACUUCCGUGUCAGCCAACGAGAGCAGGGCAAGUUGUCAACGUAAACAGGAGCUGCCUCAAAUUUUAGUUCACAUUUGCAAACCCUAUUUGUGUAACAGCUCAACCAACUGGACAAAAACCAUCUUAUGUAUCAAUUAAGAUAAUUACAAGAUGUCUAAUAAAGAAGUGAAAACAGCAUUGAAAAGUGCCAGAGAGGCCAUAAAAAACAAAGAGUUCAAAGAGGCUCUAAAACACUGCAAGGCUGUUUUGAAACUUGAGAAGAACAAUUAUAAUGCUUGGGUAUUCAUCGGCUUGGCAGCCAGUGAACUCGAACAGCCAGAUCAGGCACAGACCGCUUAUAAAAAGGCUGUGGAGCUGGAGCCUGAGCAGCUACUGGCAUGGCAGGGCUUGGCAAAUCUUUAUGAGAAGACGGAUCAGUGGGAUUUCAAACUUGAGCUACCUAAUGUCUAUCAGAAGCUUGUUGAUCUGUAUGCAAGCUCUGACAAAAAUAAAUGUUAUGAGAUGAUCAAAAAGCUGUCAGAUAUCUAUCAGUCUGACAAAGAAUAUUUAAUGUUGGCAAAGGUUUGGCUGCAGCUCCUUCAGCUGAAGGAGGAAGAGGCUGUGAAAAAAAAAGAGUUACUGCAGCUAUGGAAACAGAUGACCCAACUCCUCUCAGACUGCCUUAAUGAAGAAGAGCAGGACAAUGAAACUCACCAGCAUUUAAUCACAGCAUUUGAGAAGGCAAUGGUUCUAAUGGAUCCUGUACCAGGGGAGGAACACAAGAAGGUGUCAGCUGACUAUGUCAAAUGUCUUUCUAAACUGCCACAAGAAGAAGCUAAAUUGAAAGAGGCAUGCGAGUCCAUGCUGUCCCUCUACCCUGACCAAAGUUAUCCUCUUGAAGUCCUUUGUUCUCACUACCUCAAAACAGGUGUUCAGAACAAGGAUGCAGUAAGCUGUUUCUCCCGGCUUCUGGGUCUGGUUCCUGACAGUGGAUUAGGUCACUUGGGUCUGGGCACCAAAGCACUGGAAGAAGGAAGAUUUAAAGAUGCCAUUAAUUACCUUGAACAAGGCUUGAAGAAAAUGAGCUGCAGUAUGGGAUGGUACAGUCUGGCUGAAGCUCAGUUUAAAAUGCACAGAUACUCAGACAGUGCUAUGUCAUGCUCCCAAGGUCUGACAGUGUGUGUGUCCGGGGAUAAAGAGCUGAGGGUCAAACUGCUUAGGCUGAAACUCGAGGCUUUAGUCAGGAGUGGAGGAGAGAAGGCAGCAGACUCUGCUCUGGAGACAUUUUCACAGAUCCCAGAUGCUGGAGAAGACCUAGUUCUAGUAGCCCUUAAAGGACGUGCAUACCUUAACAAGGGACAAAUUGAUGAAGCACUUAAGGUGUCAUCAGAGCUGGUGGCAUCUAACCCUAACCUGGCUGAGGGCUUGGUACUGAGAGGACUGGGUCAGUUGGCUCAGGGCCAGCAGCAGCUGGCAGAGGAAAGUUUCCUAAAGGCAGCUAGCCAGAGCCCAGACUGUGGAGAGUACUAUUUCUUGCUGGGACGACUCUACUGGGACAUGGGAGAAGAGACCCGUAAAGACCGAAGCAAAGCUCAUACACAUUUGCUCAAGGCUGCAAAGUUAGACCCACAACUUGGUUGUGUAUUCCGCUACCUUGGACAUUAUUACAGGGAGGCGGCAAAUGAUCGUGGCCGGGCACGGGGCUGCUAUAAGAAGGCUUUUGAGUUGGACAGCGAUGAUGCUGAGUCUGGAGCUGCCUCAGUGGAUCUCAGUAUGGAGCAGGACGAUAUGGACACUGCCUUAGCAGUACUUCAGUCAGUGAUUGAGAAAGCCACUCCAGGCUCAGCUAAAUGGGCUUGGAUGAGACGAGGGCUAUACCACCUGAAGGUCGGCGAGCAUCAGCAAGCUACAGCUGAUCUGCAGGCAGCUCUGAGAGCAGACCCUGAGGACUGGGUGUGUUGGGAGUGUUUAGGUGAGGCCUACUUAAACCGCCGGAGCUUCACAGCGGCUCUGAAAGCCUUUGGUAAGGCCCAUCAGCUUCAACCCUCCUCCAUCUACUGUGUCUAUCAGGCUGCUGCUAUUAAACAGACCCUGGGAAAGUUCACGGAGGCGGUUGCGGAAUACUUGCAGAUCACAGCACAGCAGGACUAUGUUCCAGCUCUUAAAGGUCUUGGGGAGUGCCAGCUGUCUCUGGCAAAAAGUUUAAUGGAAGACUGCAGAGAUUGGGGAGCCAUUGACCUCAUUCAGCAAGCCAUACAGAACCUCUUCAGAGCUGUGGAGCUGCGUCCAGACUUGUCUUGUUUGUGGAAGCUGCUGGGAGAUGCUUGCACUGCAGUCAGCACCGUGUCGCCAAACAGAGCCACGGUUCUAGUGCCUGCCCUGCUGGCUGGUUUAGACCCCAGCACCCAGAGCCACAAACUGAACCAGGCCCAAACACUCAAAGUCGGUGAGAGGUGUUACGCCCGUGCUUUGAAGCUGAUGUCUGAGGUCCCCAGCCUUUGGUAUGACUUAGGACUCAACUAUUACCGCCAGUCCAGUCUACCCUGCCUUGCAGAGGGUGACCAGAACUCCCCAACUCUGCUCCUAGAGAAGGCUGAGCAGUGUUUAAAAAAGGCUAUUAUGAUGGACAGUGGGAACCAUAGCUACUGGAAUGCCCUGGGAGUGAUUUCCAUGAGCAAAGGUCUUGAGAACUUCCCUCUGGCUCAACAUUGCUUCAUCAAGUCCAUACAAGUUGAACCAAAUAAUGUUGUUGCUUGGACCAACCUCGGCACCCUGUAUUUGAAAAAGGACAAUAUAGAGCUUGCGCACGAGGCCUUCAAGAUUGCCCAGUCCUUGGAGCCACUUUAUGUCAACUGCUGGAUUGGACAGGCGCUGAUAGCAGAGAGAGUGGGAAGCUAUGACACCAUGGAUCUUUUCAGGCACACCACUGAACUCCGCACACAUAUGGAGGGAGUGAAAGGAUAUGCCUACUGGGUAUGUUCCACCCUGCUAGAUAAGAGCAACAGGGACUCUGAACUGUACCGCUACAACAUAGUACAGAUGAACGCCAUCUCUGCUGCUCAGGUGGCUCUCAGCAAGUACACAGAGAGGAUCCAGUCUGACCCCGAUGCCUUCAUUAUGCUUGGCUACCUGAAUGAGCAUCUGCAGCUCAAGAGGCAGACCUUACAGGCUUACCAAAGAGCUGUAGAACUGCUUCGGCCCAUGUCCUCGACAGAAGAGCUGGCUUUUGCUCUGGGCUGCUAUGGCCGUGCUUUGUGCACCUCGGGCCAGUGGGAGGAGGCAGCGCAUGUUUAUAAUUCCACUUCACUGCAGGAGCUGAGUGAGCUGACAGGGCUGGCUCUGGCCUACUGCAGGGCAGGACUCAUCCAAGAGAGCACCAACGCCUAUGAACGUGCCUUGGCUGUGGCUUCCAGUGAGAAGGAGAAGGCUUACAUCUUGACAGCCCUGGCCCUGCUUCAGCACCGGGAUGGUAACCUAGACUCAGCUAAGACUCUGCUGUUUAAAUGCUCGAUGUUAAAGGAGCCAAUCUCAGAGUCUCUGCUGUGUUUAUGUGCCCUGGGAUUGGUCCACAGUGAUGCUACACUAGCUGCUGCUGCCCUGACUGAGUUGCUGAAGCAAGGUUCCGCCUCUGGGAAUGUUAUAGAGCAGCGGUGUCUGCUCACCUGCGCCUUGCUAACCCUGCAGGGCAACUACAGUGCGGUGCAAAGAGAGGCUUCCAGAGCUGUACACAGCAAUCCUGGAAACCCAUCACUGUGGGCACUGCUGUCCAGACUGGUACCACAGUACUACCCCAAGAAGGCUAAUGGCGGAGCGAUGGCUGGUCAUGUUGCCUGUCUCUCCAGUAUGACCCUAGGAAAGAGGGCGUUGUUGUACAGUGGAGUAAACCAGCUAGCUAGUGGGAGACACUCUGGAGAGGACAGUCAGAGGAAUGCACUGAAGACUAUGCAGAGAGCUGUUCUGCUCUGCCCUGAUGAUCCAGCAACAUGGGCGGGAUUAAUGGCUGCCUGUCACACAGAAAACACUUCCUGUUACCUUUCAGGUUCUGCUCCUUGCAGACAAGGACUGGAGCAAAUCCUUAUGUCGGUGGUUUCUGAGAAAGUGCGUAGUGUGGAGGAGGUGGAGCGCCCUCUAGCCCAGACUCUAGAGGGCUGGGUACUGCAACAGGCAGUGACUGGUCUCACGCUGGGGGGAAAGCUGGAGCAGGCAGAAGCCCUCUGCUCACAGGUGCUGAAUGUUUCUCCAGAACACCCAGCUGUGAUGCUGUCACUGAGACAGGUACAGUGUCAGCGUCUCCUUGUUGCCAGUGGGGGUACCAUCCUCCCAGUCUCUGUGUUGGAGCAACUAAACAGCACUGUGAUGGCGAACCCCACAAACAUUGGUGCAUGGCACUGGCUGGCUGAGGUGUAUCGGAGCCAGGGCCUGUUGGUUCAGGCAGUCAUGGCUUAUAGGCAGAGUCUGCAGGUAGCAUCACAGCUCGGUCUGCACAGCAGCCAGGUAGCCAGCCUUCUCCGACUAGCCCUGCUUGCCCUAGGACCCUGUAUGGCGGGUGUCCCAGGAAACGACUGGACGACCCUGAUACUAGAAGCCACCACUGAGGUCUUGAAGCUGGGUUCAUGCCCUGUGGCCCUUCUUUUCCAGGCCCUGCUCCAGUAUGUGACCAAGAUGGCUGCUAGGGAAACAAGGCGUUUGUUGGAAAGGCUGAUAAUUGUCCCCUCUCAAGACUUCCCAGUGACAGUGGUGCAGGUGGCCAGCUGGUACCUCCUCAGACACUUGCAUGCCAAAAACGACCAGGAGCUAAUCAAUAACCUUUUGCACCAUGCCAAAAUGAAUGGAGAUCAAAGACUGCUGGAGUUUCACUCACUGCUUGCCGCCUCUUCAUCCUGAAUUUUGUCUACAACUGCAUCACUGUGAAAUCCUCCUGCUUAGUGUUAGGUUUAUCCACAGGCUGACUGUAUCAUAUCAAAUCAUAUCAAACUGGACAUUUUGGGUCUGAUAUCAUGAAUAACUUUUAUUGGCUUUCCAUGAUUCUUUGGUUUUACAUUAUACAGUGUCAAUGAAUUCAAUAUAUCAAAAUCAUGAGUCUUAUUGCGUACAAUUUCAAAAUGCACUUCACAUUAAGUAACCAAUAUCAACAUUAAGGCUGAAAUAAAGACAUCUUGCUCAGUA